UCGGAUGAUCUAAUCCAUCUCUGGUCGCUUUCAGUCUCCGAACCCUCGCAAUUAUCCUCCUCUGUCUUUGUCUUGCAGUUGCAGAAACCCCCAAAUUCGAGUGAUCCUCUUCUUCUUCCUUCCUUCCUUCCUUCCUUCCAUCCCUGAUUUGGAUGUUGAUGGAGGUGGAUCGUUGCGGCUCCUGCUGGACUAGAGAGGAGGAGAAGGCGUUCGAGAAUGGCUUAGCGGCCUACCCGGAGGAGGACUGCAGCGACCGGUGGAUGAAAAUCGCCGCCGUUGUGCCUGGAAAAAGUGUCGAAGAAGUGAAGGAGCACUACGAGCUUCUGGUGGAGGACGUCCAUGGCAUAGAGGCCGGUAGAGUUCCUCUACCUCACUAUCCGUCUUCUUCCUCGGACGGCGGCGACCGUGGCGGCAGAGCAUCUCCAGCAGAACGAGAGCGUAGGAAAGGAAUAGCAUGGACUGAGGAUGAACACAGGUUGUUUCUUCUUGGACUUACUAAGUAUGGCAAAGGCGACUGGAGGAGCAUUUCUCGCAACUUCGUAGUAUCGAGAACACCGACGCAGGUGGCGAGCCAUGCGCAGAAGUACUUUAUCCGGCUGAACUCGAUGAACAAAGAGCGGAGGAGGACGAGCAUCCAUGACAUCACGAGUGCAGGGACUAGUGGUGAUGGAUCAAAUCCUCAAGGUCUGACCGGCGGCCAGGUUACUGGGAAGAAGCCUACCAAGCCAUUUUCUCAGCCAUCGUCGAGUGGACCUUCGGGUGUCGAUAAUUCGUAUGGUUACUUGUAAUGCAUAUCGAGUAUGUUCUUCGAAUAGGCUGGUACCUGCUAAAAGACAAUCAGAUUUCCAAUUACUCAGUUAUUUGAAGCUUCACUUGCAAAUAGUACUACAAUGCGCAAUUAUUUGGCUAAAUUUAGAUGUUACCAGCUAUUUGAAAUUUGUGUAU